AUGAAAGUGUUAAGUGAUGAAGUAGCAGUUGUCCCUUCUGUGACUAGCUUCAAGAAAAGGAGGAGCAGUAAGAGACAGAAGAAUCUAGAGGACUACUGGGAUUGCAGCGUUUGUACUUACCAGAAUCGAGCAGAAUCAUUCAAGUGUCUCAUGUGUGACACACGGAAGGGAACAUCCACAAGGAAACCAAGACUGAAUCCACAACUAGCCCUGCAGUUCAACCCAGUCCCACUUCCAAAAGUGAAGAAGGAGGGCCAUAAAGAUAGGAAAGGACCUGGUCCUAGUGGACUGUCAUCUAAGUCACACAGGUCCAAAGGGAGACUGCUGAAUGUGGACAGAAAGUCAUUUAGGCAACAGGAAGUGACAGUGAAGAAUGUGACAGUGAUCAUCACAGAGUAUGCUGUGAAACCACCAAAGAAAUCCCCCUCAUUAGAAGGUUCUGACUCAGGGAAUCUUGGAAGUCCUCAUUACAUGGAUACCAAAACAGAAUCUCCUCCAGAAUCAAACAGUGAAAGAAGUUCUUGAAGUUUUGUGAUAUGAAGAUCUUGCAUGUCAUUUUUCCCUGACAAGUGUCCAGUAUUCUCUUGAUCAUCCAUGGUGUUGAUAGGCCUAAUAAAUUUUAAGAUGUUGCUCAUUAUGAUUGGCUACAAUCCUGCUUCUUGCAUCUUGGUAUAACAAGGUGCCAUGAAACCUUAGUCCCACCCUUGCUGAUGCAGGACAGGUUGAAAGGGAAACAAUGUGUAUUUAUUUCUGAAUAACUUAUUCAAGUCUACAUUUGCAGCUUAAUCCCCAGUAUUGUGCAUGUCCACUGUUGGCCUGGAUGAUGGCUUGAAGGCAAGAUGAGUAGGGCUGCAGCAAAUUCAGAGAGAAGUGUCAAACUCAUGAAUUGAGAGAACAGAUUCAAAAAGUUCCCAAAGGUGAUCACUGGAAAACCAUGGCUCAUUAGGCUCAAAGAGCAUUUUAUCAUUACCUCAGUCUUAUGGAACUUAUGCUUUUACAGACAUUAAAGUCAGGGAAUCACCUGGCUUUUCUGCAUUUCCAAAUAGAUCUUUGUUGGCAUUUAUAUGAACCUGCUGAGUAGCAAGGUCUUUGAAAUAAUGGCCUUGUCAUCAGAAGUGUCACUUGACUAAUGUCUAAUUAGGACACUCACAGGCUCCUGCAGAAAAGGGCUACAAUGUUUAACUAAAAUAUCAUCCUGGAUAUGUUAACCACAUGAGACUUCAUGAAAAGGCCUCCUCACUCAGCAUUUUCCGAUAAGUGACACAGAGUUCAUUGGCAAUGCAGAAUGAUCCAGGAAUUCUCACCUCAAUGUCAAUUAAAACAUUAGCUCAAUAUUGAAAGACUUGAGUCUUCAUUUUUUGAGUUUGAUACCAUCUUCCUGAAUUCACUGCUGCCAUACCCAUCUCCCCUUCAGUACUCUUCAGACAAGACCAACACACAGUAUUGAGAUUUGGGGUGUAAAUGCAGAAUUGAAUUCUUCCCGCAGAAACAUCAUCUGUUGUGUCCCCUUCAUUCAGUUCUGCUACUGAAGGGUGGGUAAGGUUCCAUUGCACUCAGUAUAUUUAUGCCAUGGUUUUCAUGGUGUAUUUGUUGUGUGAUUCUUAUGCCCCCAUUGGCCAGCUAUGCUAUAUCAAACUCUUGCUCGAAGGAAUGCUUUGUUCAUCUCUGGAAGUCUAUGAAUUGACAGCAUUUUUUAAUUUACAGACAAAGCUGUUGAUGUCAUUGUGUCUAGUGUUAAAAUGGAUUUAUACCU